AUGCGCGUCGGAUCUGUUGCUCUGCCCCUGGCGGGCGCCGCUGUGACUGUCGCGGCCAAUUCGAUGCCCUCGCUAAGCGCUGGCUGCCAUGCGCUGGCUAAGCUCCUUGGGGAUGCGGUGUUUUACCGCGACAGCAACGUUUACAAGUACGAGUCGAAGAACUUUUGGUCCAGCACGGAAAUUCUGUCGCCGGGAUGUGUCUUUCGCCCGCAGUCCAGCGCGCAGUUGGCUGAGGGUCUAGAGGCGCUUGUUGAUGCUAAUGCCGAGUUUGCGGUGCGUGGUGGCGGCCACAUGGGUAUCAAGGGCUCAAACAGCAUCAAUGGCGGCGUGCUCGUCGUGAUGUCCAACCUCACCACCAUGCACCUGAACGAGGACAAGUCCAUCCUGUCGGUCGGACCCGCUUACCGCUGGGCCGAUGUCUACUCGUAUCUCGGCAAGCACGACCUGUCCGCUGCCGGUGGUCGUCUGGGUCCUGUUGGUGUCCCCGGUCUGCUCCUCGCUGGCGGCAUCAACUUCUACGGUAACCAAGUUGGUUUCGGCUGUGACACUGUCGUUAACUACGAGAUUGUCCUGGCCGAUGGAUCGAUCGUGCAGGCCAACAAGACCAGCAACCCUGACCUGUUCUGGGCCUUGAAGGGAGGUAGCAGCAACUUUGGUCUGGUCACCCGCUUCGAUUUGGAGACCAUCAAGUCGCCCAAAGUCUGGGCUGGCUCCCACACGGUGUCUGAAAAAUAUAUCGACCGCUUCCUGGCUGCUGCCGCGAAAUACGCAUCCGACAUCUCUGACCCCAAGACUCACAUUGUCCCUGCUCUGGUGCCUGGUGAUUCCACCCUGGCUUCUGUGAUUCUUUUCUACGACAGUGACACCGUCAGCUACCCCGAUAUCUUCAAGCCAUUCACCGAUAUUCCGGCCAUUAGCAGCACUGUCGGCUUCAAGACUGUCGCGGAGUUCGCCGCUGAGACCGGUGAGAUGGUUGUCGAUGGCAUCAACGAUGUAUUCAUCGCCGGAACUGUCAAGGGCACCACCUACAAGGACCUCCACCAGGGAAUCAGCAUCAUCAACACCACCUUCUUCAACGAGCUCCCCAAGCUCUACAAGCAGAUCCCCGCCGCCAACAUCUCCACCAUCCAGCUGGACUGGCAGCCCAUCGGCGCCGACUGGAUGAAGGCCUCCGAGGCUCGUGGUGGUAACGCCCUGGGUCUGGAUUCCUCCCAGGUCUACCUCUGCUACGCCGAGGUCGUCGAGUGGAUCGGCUCGGCCUACGAUGACAUCGUGGCCAAGUGGGUGGAGGACACCACCCACGCGAUCAACAAUGCCACCAAGAAGGCCGGUCUGUAUGACGCUUUCAACUAUAUGGGCGACUCUGCCGGCUUCCAGUCGAUCUUCCCCGGCUACGGCGAGGAGAACCACCAGCGCCUGAUCUCGAUUGCGCAGAAAUACGACCCCCACGGCGUCUUCCAGACCCUCAUGCCAGGCGGAUUCAAGGUUUAUUAA